AUGGCGGAGACGGAAUCAGCGGCGAUCAUCACACAGGGCCUCGACCCCAAGUCCGGAACAUCACAUUCGGAACACUCAGAACCGGGAUCGCCUGUCCAUGGCACAUGGGGAUCGAAAGACGGCAAUAUUUCGAACGCCGAGUGGAACGAUCCCGAGGCGAAUAAGCUGCCUGAGACGGUAGCGGACUUGGAGAAGAAGGGCAAGGUCAAUGACACACCACAGUGGGCAAGGAAGAAGGUUGUGGUUGUGGGAUUGGGCAUGGUUGGCAUUGCAUUCAUUGAGAAGCUCAUGAAGUACGAUGUCAAGCGGAGAGAAUACGACAUCGUCGUCAUUGGCGAGGAACCGCAUCUGGCGUAUAACCGUGUCGGGUUAACGAGCUUCUUCCAACACCGACAGGUCGAAAACCUGUACUUGAACCCCAAAGAAUGGUACUCGUCCAUGCCGGAAGGCUCAUUGAACUACCACCUCAACACCCUCGUGACUGAGAUCGACUCUGCCAACAAAAACGUCAAGACAUCGUCCGGCGAAACAGUGCCCUACGAUCUCCUCGUCCUUGCAACAGGAUCGGACGCGCUACUUCCCCGCCACACACCCGGACACGAUGCGGAAGGUGUAUUUGUGUACCGUACCAUCGAUGACUUGCAGCGCUUGAUCGAGUUCUCAGCAACACGCAAGGGCACGAGAGGUGCCGUUGUCGGAGGUGGUCUGCUCGGCCUCGAAGCUGCGCACGCGAUGAUGGAUCUCGAGAACUUCGCACAGGUCAAGCUGAUUGAGCGAAACCGAUGGGUGCUGUCGCGGCAGCUGGAUGGUGAUGCGGGAUCUAUGGUCGUUGAGCAGGUUCGCGCGAUGGGCCUGGAUGUCAUGCUGAGCAAGCGAGUUGGCAAGAUCUUGACUAACGAGAAGAAUGCUGUUCGUGGUGUUGUGUUCGAGGAUGGAGAAGAGAUGGAAUGCUCGUGCAUCUGCUUUGCGAUUGGUAUCAAAGCACGCGACGAGCUUGCGCGCAAGGCAUCCAUCAAGUGCGCAGAUCGCGGUGGCGGUAUCAUCGUCAACAACAAUUUGUCUACUUCAACGCCGGACAUCUACGCCAUCGGCGAGUGCGCAAGCUGGGAGAACCAGACGUUCGGUCUCAUCGCUCCUGGCGUCGAGAUGGCGGAUGUACUAGCAUUCAACCUCACACAAGCGAAAGCACAUGCGCCACGUCAGUUCAAGCGGCCAGAUCUGAGCACCAAGCUCAAGCUGCUUGGCGUCGAGGUUGCGAGUUUUGGCGACUUCUUUGCAGAUCGCGAUGGCCCCAGGGAUAUGCCUGGACACCAGAAGCCGGAGAAGAAGGAGGUGGACAAGGUUAAGAACCUCACGAGCGGGCCUGCUGCACCGCCAGUCAAGGCUUUGACUUACAAGGAUCCAUUUCAGCAAGUGUACAAGAAGUACCUGUUCACCAUGGACGGCAAGUACCUGCUUGGAGGCAUGAUGAUUGGCGACACCAAGGACUACAUCAAGCUGGUGCCAAUGGUCAAGAACCAGAAAUACCUGGAGGUCCCGCCAGCUGAGCUUAUCAUUGGCGCAUCUAAGGGCGGCGAAGACGAUGGCUCCGAUCUUUCCGGUGAUACACAGAUCUGCUCCUGCCACAAUGUUACCAAGGACGACGUUGCCAACGCCGUCAAGGAUGGAACAUGCAAGUCGAUCGGCGAUGUCAAGUCUUGCACAAAAGCUGGUACUGGAUGCGGUGGCUGCAUGCCACUCGUGCAGACCAUUUUCAACAAGACAAUGGCAUCCAUGGGCAACGAAGUCAAGAACCACCUGUGCCCACACUUCGAAUACUCGCGCGCGGACCUUUUCAACAUCAUUUACGUCAAGAACCUGAAGGACUUCGACGCCGUGAUGAGGGAAUGCGGUCGUGAGCCGGAGUCUGCUGGUUGCGAGGCGUGCAAGCCUGCCAUCGGAAGCAUCAUCGCAUCACUUUUCAACAAGCACUUGCUCAAUGUUGAGAGGCGAGGUCUGCAAGAGACCAACGACAGAUUUCUGGCCAACAUCCAACGCAACGGCACUUUCUCGGUCGUCCCUCGAGUUUCUGGUGGCGAGAUUACACCCAACAAGCUCAUUGUCAUCGGCACAGUGGCGAGGAAGUACAACCUCUACACGAAGAUCACUGGUGGCCAGCGUAUAGAUAUGUUCGGUGCCAGGAAGCAGGAUCUGCCUGACAUUUGGGAAGAGUUGAUUGAUGGCGGUAUGGAGUCCGGUCACGCGUACGCCAAGUCUCUGCGCACGGUCAAGUCAUGUGUCGGAACUACAUGGUGCCGCUUUGGUAUCGGCGACAGUGUCGGCAUGGCAGUCCGUCUGGAAGAGCGCUACAAGUCGAUCCGCGGCCCGCACAAGAUCAAGGGCGGCGUAUCUGGCUGCGUGCGUGAGUGCGCGGAGGCACAAAAUAAGGACUUUGGUCUCAUCGCUACUGAGAAGGGCUUUAACAUCUUCGUGGGUGGUAAUGGUGGCGCGAAACCGCGUCACUCAGAGCUCCUCGCCAAAGACGUGCCGCCAGACGAUGUCGUGCCUAUCCUCGACCGCUACCUCACUUUUUACAUUCGCACAGCCGACAAACUCCAGCGCACGGCGCGUUGGCUCGAGAACCUCCCCGGUGGUAUUAAAUACUUACAAGAAGUUAUUCUGGAAGACAAGCUGGGCAUCUGCGCAGACUUGGAGAAGCAGAUGGAAGAUCUUGUCGGCAGCUUCUUCUGCGAAUGGACCGAAGUCCUUAAGGACCCGGAGAAGAAAGCGUGGUUCAACCAAUUCGCCAACACCUCGGAGCAAAUCAUCGACACCAUCGAGCCCACACAAGAGCGCGGACAAGAGCGCCCCAGCUACUGGCCCAAAGACAGCGUCACAACCGACUUCAAGGGCACAAAGUGGACAGAGCUCAGCUGGCAGCCCAUGCUGAAGGCCGAGGAGCUGAAGGACACACCGACCGGCGACUCCAAGGCCCUAAAGCGUGGCGACACACAACUCGCCCUCUUCAAGGUACGAGGUAAGUUUUACUGCACACAGCAGAUGUGUCCGCACAAGCGGGCCUUCGUGCUCAGCGACGGUCUGAUCGGCGACGACAUUCAGAACAACAAACUCUGGGUCUCGUGUCCGAACCACAAGCGCAACUUCGAGCUCUCGGGCGAGCAAGCCGGGCGCUGCGCCAACGACGAGGAUGUCAACAUCGCGACGUUCCCCGUCGAGGAGAGGGGCGACGGCUGGCUGUAUGUCAAGCUGCCGAGCGUCGAGGAGCUGGACAGUGUGCUGGGGACGAGCAAGUUUGUGAUUAAGAAGAGCGAGACGGAGGAUCCGUUUGUCAAGCUCGAUCAGAAGCUGGAGAGGAUGAAGCUAAAGGGCAGGAAGGGUGUGCAGAUUAGUCACCUGGAAAACGGGCUUGGUGAGGUGGGCAAGGCGAACAAGAUUCUUGCUGGUGGGGAGAGGGGGUCGAGGGGUAUCGAGUGGUAG